UCCGGCGGUCGCUGAUCGGUUGAGGAGCAGCUCGCCGGGCCGAUCCUACCGAGUGGAGGCGGCCAGAGGAGGAGUGAAGGACGGGAGCCUUGGGGGGAUUUUCCACGCGGAGCAUCGCCACCCCGCCUGCGCGUUCGUGUCGGCGUCCGUCCGUGUGGAGCCUUCUGGGAGGAGGGGCAAACAAAGCCGAGGAAAAAGUUGUGAAGAAGCCAGCAUGGGUGAGCUGGAGGAGGACUUCGCCAAGGUCCUGCUGCUCAAAGAGGAGAGGAUCCGGGACUUGGAGCGGCGCCUGUCGGACCGGGAGGAGGAGAUCCAGGAGCUGAAGAGGAAGCUUCACAAAUGUCAGUCGGUUCUUCCCAGCGCACAACUUAUCGGGCCGAGGACCCGGCGGGCUCAGGGCAUCUCGGCCGAACCGCAGACCCACCAGGACCUGUCGAGACAGACCUUCCGGAAAUAUGCCAAGUCAGACCGGUCCAAAGAUCUGAUCAAAGAGGCCAUCCUAGACAAUGACUUCAUGAAGAACCUGGAGCUGUCGCAGAUCCAAGAGAUCGUGGACUGCAUGUAUCCGGUGGAGUACGGGAAGGACAGUUGCAUCAUCAAGGAGGGCGAUGUGGGCUCGCUGGUCUACGUCAUGGAAGACGGGAAGGUGGAGGUGACCAAGGAGAGCCUGAAGCUGUGCACCAUGGGCCCCGGGAAGGUCUUUGGAGAGCUGGCCAUCCUCUACAACUGUACCAGGACCGCUACUGUCAAAACGCUGACAAACGUGAAGCUGUGGGCCAUCGACCGCCAAUGCUUCCAGACCAUCAUGAUGAGGACGGGCCUCAUCAAGCACACGGAGUACAUGGAGUUCUUAAAAAGCGUCCCCACCUUCCACAGCCUGCAGGAGGACAUCCUCAGCAAGCUGGCCGACGUCCUUGAGGAGACCCACUACGAGGACGGCGAGUACAUCAUCCGACAGGGGGCCAGAGGAGACACCUUCUUCAUCAUCAGUAAAGGAAAGGUGGACGUGACCAGGGAGGACCCCCCCAACGGCGAGCCCGUCUACCUGCGCAGCCUCGGGAAAGGAGACUGGUUCGGAGAGAAGGCCCUGCAAGGGGAGGACAUCCGGACAGCCAACGUCAUCGCAGCCGAGGCGGUCACCUGCCUGGUCAUCGAUCGAGACUCAUUCAAGCACCUGAUUGGAGGCUUGGAGGACGUGUCCAGCAAAGGCCACGAGGACGUUGAAGCCAAAGCCAAGUAUGAAGCCGAGAACGCCUUUUUCUUCAAUCUCAACCUGGCCGACUUCAACAUCAUCGACACCCUGGGGGUGGGCGGCUUUGGACGCGUGGAGCUGGUCCAGCUCAAGAGUGAGGAGGAAAAGACCUUCGCCAUGAAGAUCCUGAAGAAGCGGCACAUUGUGGACACCAGGCAGCAGGAGCACAUCCGCUCGGAAAAGCUCAUCAUGCAGGAGGCCCACUCGGACUUCAUUGUCAGACUCUAUCGGACGUUCAAGGACAGCAAGUACCUCUACAUGCUGAUGGAAGCUUGUCUUGGAGGAGAACUGUGGACCAUUCUUCGAGACAGAGGUUCUUUUGAGGACUCCACCACCAGGUUUUAUACAGGAUGCGUGGUGGAGGCCUUCGCCUACCUGCACUCCAAAGGCAUCAUCUACAGAGACCUCAAACCAGAGAACUUGAUCCUGGACCACCGGGGCUACGCCAAGCUGGUGGACUUUGGUUUUGCCAAGAAGAUCGGCUUCGGCAAGAAAACGUGGACUUUCUGCGGCACGCCCGAGUACGUUGCCCCGGAGAUCAUCCUGAACAAAGGCCACGACAUCUCCGCCGACUACUGGUCGCUGGGAAUCCUCAUGUUUGAGCUCCUCACUGGCAGCCCCCCCUUCUCUGGCCCCGAUCCCAUGAAAACCUACAACAUCAUCCUGAGGGGCAUCGACAUGAUCGAAUUCCCAAAGAAAAUUACCAAAAACGCCGCCAACCUCAUCAAAAAGCUAUGCAGGGAUAAUCCUUCCGAACGACUGGGAAACUUGAAAAAUGGUGUCAAGGACAUCCAAAAGCACAAGUGGUUUGAGGGCUUUAACUGGGAGGGCUUGAAGAAGGGGACGUUGACGCCUCCCAUCGUCCCCAACGUGACAUCGGCCGUCGACACCAGUAACUUUGACAGCUUCCCAGAGGACAACGAGGACCCGCCCCCCGAUGACAACUCCGGUUGGGACGUAGACUUCUGAAGUCCCCGCGGGAGCAAAAGGAACUCUUGCUUGUGGGAAGCGGAGACGGACGUUUAGAAGGUUUACAAGGUCUAGAAGGUUUAGAAGGUUUAGAAGGAGGACGGAUGGAACGCCCUGACGCGGCUCACCGAUAGAUGCCUUUAUUUCACUGUGGCUCCUCCCCCCACCCCUGGAUCAAGCAUUUCUAGCGGGACAGCUGUAGCACAUGUUCAAGUGUCGUCUUACACUCGGCUCAAAGGCGGAGAACGUGCAGGGAUACACACACGCGCACACGCACACACACACGCACACACACACACACACACAUACGCACACACACACACACACAGUGAAAAAGAUGAGUGAUGACAGAGCCAAACUCCCCACGGGAAUGUUUCGUGUUACGUCUUCUUCUUCCGGUCUUUUUUAUGUUUGGGAGUAAAAACGUGAACGUCGGCGUCCUUUUCAUCUGCUGGCUUUCUACUAAGUGCUCUCGACUAACCCGAAUGUCGCCUCCUACAUUUCACAAUAAAAGCACAAACUAAGUGCCCUGUUUGACCACACGUGCGUAUUAACGUGAUGCACCCGCGCUCGUACUUAGCGUCAUCGUUAUUAGCGUUAUUAGCGUUAUUAGCAUUAUUAGCGUUCAUAGCAUUUCUAUUACUCUUACUCUUGAAGAGAAGCCUGCGUUCACACUGACCCUAACUUAACUUAACCUAACCUGACCUCAACCCUCAACCUAACUUGACCUAACCUGACCUCAACCCUCAACCUAACUUGACCUAACCUGACUUAACCUCAACCUAACUUGACCUAAUCCCAAACCUAAACCUAACUUAACCCAACCCCAACUUAACCCUAACUUAACCUAACCCCAACUUAACCCUAACUUAACCUAACCUGACCUCAACCCUCAACCUAACUUGACUUAACCUGACUUAACCUCAACCUAACUUGACCUAAUCCCAAACCUAAACCUAACUUAACCUAACCCCAACCCCAAGCCUAACCCCUAAGCCCUAACAAAGGGCCUCGCUUACCAAUCUCUCUCAAAGAGAGAAAGCUUUUUGCCUUUGCCGUCAGGAGAUGAUGACCGUGUGAACACCUGAGACUAAACCACAUUGAGUCCAGAUCUUCAGCAACAUGUGACCUUUUAAAGGCUGCCAUCUUCUACUUUUACUAACAGCCUGUUUCACUCCACGCUUCUUCCUUCUGCGGUCCCAUCGUGUCUCUAAAAGUUCUUUGAGAAGCUUUUGGAAGAUGCUCAGAAGGAAGGAGAAGGUGGACGAAGCUUUGGAAGGUGGAGUUGCCUCGUGUUGGUCACAUGACAAAGCACGCCUACUAUCCAAUCAGAAGCGUGAACGCAGCCCGGUAUCGAUAACGCCACAUCAGAAGGCCUUCAACACAUCACGCGGAUGCCUCUUCCUCGCCGUCCAUCGUCAUCAUCACCAUCAUCAUCGUCGAUGGUGCUCUUAUUCGCUCCUCACGCGACAGACGCCCAUUUCUGCUUUGUUCCUCGUGGAUAUGAAUAAACAUUCAUAUUUAGUAUUUGUAUUUUUGGACUACUCAGUGCUGACGUGAAAGCUUGGAUGCGUGGAAAAGACUUUUGGAGCGCAGACGGGCGCCCCCAUCCCUCAUCUUCAUGACCACCAAUCACAAGCUAAGGAAGUGCCUUAAGUCAACGGCAUAGAAGAAAGGAAGAUGAUUGGCACCGGGCCUUUUUGAUGCUGCAUGAACACACACACACACACACACACACACACACACACACACACACACACACACACACACUCUCAGAUGGCUGCAUCCUGACCACGACUCCACAGCACCCCUGGCGGCCGUCCACUGCAAUGACCUGCUUUGUCACAUCCAAAGCAAGGCGGGAAUGAUUUGCGGGUGUCGGCAUCCUUCUUUUCAUUUCAACAUUUGAGGUCAUCCCUUCUCUUCCCAUCCCAUCCCAUCCCUUCCCAUUCCAUCCCAACCCUUCCCAUCCCUUCCCAUCGGUUGGUGAAGAAAUAGAGGACAUCUGUAGGGUUAUUAUGGUUAUUAUGAUUAUUAUGAUUAAUAUUGGCAUGAGCUUUGUGAAGGCAAGCUGUGUUUUCAGUCCAACAGCCAAGGUUAUUGUCAAGGUCAUCUGUCUUCACAGCAAAGCUAGUUUGGUUUAUUAGUGCUGGUUUUAAGUCGUCACAAGCCAGGUUGUUGUUUUGUUGAUGCUGCUUGACCAAACCGGCUUUCUUAGUUCUACACUUCUUGUUGCCGGGUGUUGUGUUGCUUUUCUUGCUGUAUUCCACUUUUGCCGAGUGCCACAUGUUUGUUUUUUGGGAUUAUCCAGUAAAAAUGAA